UCCGGCGGCACGCGGGCGCGGUGGGCACCAGCGGCCCAGCUAACGGCCCGCGCCGAAACUACGGCCUGGUCGGCUUGUCGCCUCCGACUCCGGCAACUCAGCGGCUGCGCACUUCCAAGUUCCAACUACGCCGCCGCCCGAGCGAAGCCGCCGAAGAAGCAAGCGUGCCUUCCUGCCCUCUACCUCGCUCUACCAGAUGGACGGCCGCGUGAAGGUGGUGGGGCAGGUGGAGCGGGUGGACGGGACGUCGCUGACCUACGCGGAGUUCGUCGACCGGUUCAUGGCGCCCAACCGCCCCGUCGUCCUAACGGGGCUCACCGCGUCAUGGCGGGCCUGCGAGGACUGGACACUCCCCGGCCCCGGCCACCGCCGCCGCCCUGACCUCAGCUUCUUCGCCCGCAACUUCCCCUCCCCUCUCCUCCAGGUCGCCGACUGCUCCUCGAGGGAGUUCACGGACCAAAAGCGGCUUGAGAUGUCCAUGCAGGAGUUCAUAGACCGCUGGGUUGGACAUGCUCACGGUGGCUCCAGUGCUGGGGAUCGCGAGAGCUCCCUGUUUUAUCUGAAAGAUUGGCAUCUCGUUAAGGAGUACCCUGAUUAUAUUGCUUAUACUACACCAACAUUCUUUGUUGAUGAUUGGCUCAACAUGUAUCUUGACAGUCACCCCAUACAUAGAGAUUCUGACAUUACCAAUCAUAAAAGUGAAGUAAACUGUUCGGACUAUCGAUUUGUUUACAUGGGAGCAAAAGGAACCUGGACUCCUCUGCAUGCUGACGUUUUUAGGUCAUACAGCUGGUCUGCAAAUGUUUGUGGGAGAAAACAAUGGCUGUUUCUACCACCAUCACAAAGUCAUCGUAUAUUUGAUAGGUACAUGAGAUCCUCGGUCUAUAACUUAAAUGAUGAUGUUUCUGAAAAGCAGUUUCCCGAAUUCAAUAAGACUGAAUGGAUAGAGUGCAUUCAGGAGCAGAAUGAAAUCAUAUUUGUUCCCAGUGGAUGGUAUCACCAAGUCCAGAACCUGGAGGAUACUAUAUCUAUAAACCAUAACUGGUUUAAUGCCUACAACCUACACUGGGUGUGGAUCUUGCUUUAUGAAGACUACAAAGUUGCAAAAGAAUAUAUCGAAGACAUCCGAGAUAUUUGUGAUGAUUUUGAAGGGCUUUGCCAACGGAACUUGGCAGCAAAUACAGGAAUGAACUUCUAUGAUUUCUUUGUUUUCAUAGUGCGGUUUGCUUUAGCCAAUGUAAUUGAGCUUUACCAUCUUCAGCAGCCAGAGGUUGCAACAUUUUCAACAGAAACUGCACACCAUUUUGUCUAUAAUCUGAAGUCAAUUCGUAAUGUUGCAUCAAAAAUGACAACAACAGAGGCUUUCACUACUGAGAAUCUUCGUAGUAUCUCGGAAGAUAACCGUAGUGCUUUCUCCAAUGUUAAACAAAUAUUAGAAGAGGAGAGUUUCAGAAGGCUAUUGAUGACACUGUCAAAGGCAUAUGCACACAUAGACAGAGGGCAAAGAAAUUGCCCCAAAUCUUGUACUUCAUAUCCGAAGGGCUGUUUGUCAGUGAUCUGCUUGAAAUCUGAUUGCAAUGUUGUUGAUCACAUUACUUCUUUGAUCAAUGAAGUUUGUGUACCUGCAGAUUUGGUUACACUAGUUGAUAGUGCUCUCUCUGAUGUAUAGUUUUAGUCCAUCUAGCAUGGUAAACUUAUGCUUACAUGAAUCUUGAUUUAUGAGAUAGGAUGUAUACUUGAUCACUGUUGGAUUAUCACAGCCUGUCCAUUGGGAAAUCAAUUGUGCAAUACAAGAUUGCACACUUUCAUGCCAA